CUGAUAUAUUUCUUUCAUCCAUGCUGUCCAGCCAUUCUUUCGUAUCAUUUUAUGGUAUGAUCCAGAAAAUUAGGUUGAUCCAAAUCUAAAGUGCACCGCACAAUGUCGAUUGAACGCCCACCAUUAAAAACUUCUUGGGGCUACAAAAGUUUUGGAUUAAGCUGAUAUAUUUUUUUACCUUCAUCCAAGUCUGCAUGACCUAAUCAACAGGUUAGAUGUCAAAUAACCAUUACAGUGGACCUUAGGAGGUUUUUAAUGGUGGACAUUCAAUCACUACUGUUUUCCCAUGGUGUGGUCGACCUGAUAUUUAGAUCAACAUCAUUUUUGGGAUCAACAACUAAAAUUAUCUUUCAAAAUGGAUGGACGGCAUGGAUAAAACACAUAAAUCACGGUGGGGUCCACAUAGCACCGACCACUAGCCAGCUGCCACCAGCCAAACCGCGUCCCUUCCUAAUGCUGAGGGACACGUGUCAUAAGCAGACAGCGAGUCACUCGGGCAGCGAAUCGUCGUACGAUUACUCAAACAAGAAAAUAACCGCUCAAACUACAUUGGGGAAGAACUGCAGACGCGCCUCUAAGCUCUUAGACUCCCAUUCAUGCAGGAUAGACUGCAUAGUCAUGAACCCUACCAAUUCCCCAACUCCAUCUAAUCAAGAAAUCGUGCCUAUCCACAUCAUCGGCGACAAUGGUGGCGGUGAGCACCGUCGCAAGAAACGGUCCAAACUCAGCCGGAUAUCCGAUCCGAUGGGGAUCUUGAAACCGAAAGGAGUGAAGAAACCAGACCCCACAGCGGCCAAGAUCACCCGCCCGUGUAGUGAGUGCGGCAAGCGAUUUUGGUCCUGGAAGGCCUUGUUCGGCCACAUGCGUUGCCAUCCAGAACGCCAGUGGCGCGGUAUCAAUCCACCGCCCAAUUUCCGUAAGCCCACCUCCAGCGAUCGCCCAUCUACGUCUACCCUCGACGAGUUGACGAGUGUGGAUCACGAAAUCGCCACGUGUCUAGUGAUGUUGGCGAAUGGGCCCACUGCAGGAGAAGCGAUACACUUCUGUCCUGAUCGUGGCCCACCUGAAUCCGGUGGCUCUAUUGGUGGGGACCCAUCAGGGACGGCUCACAUGGAUAUGGCCCACUUGUACCCACUGAAUUGGCGAUUCGAGUGCUCGAGUUGCAAAAGGGUGUUUGGGUCCCACCAAGCACUGGGGGGCCAUAGGGCUACGCAUAAGAAUGUCAAAGGUUGUUUUGCUAAUACAAAGAGCAAUGGAGAGGAAGAUGGAGAUGGUAAUGGCAAUGAUGGUGUCAUCUUGGACGGCUGUGAUGAUAGGGGAGAAGGGAAGGUCAAGGAGAUUGGAGGAGAGAAGAUUGAUAUGGUGGUGGGCCAUAAGUGUAGCAUUUGUUUGAAGGUUUUCUCUAGUGGUCAAGCCCUUGGUGGACAUAAGAGGUGCCAUUUUGAGAAAGGGGAUGAACAUGGUUUGAGUUGUUCUUCCACAACAAAAGGUUGUGUUUUGGACUUGAACUUGCCUGCCCCAACAGAGAUUGAGGACUCUUCAUCUGAGCUUGUUUUAGAUCUACGGUUGGGAAUUUGAAGAGAUUUAGACCUUUGAUCUUAUUGAAUUCUCUGUGGACCAAGCAAUGGCCACAUGGGUAUGUCUCUGAUGUUGAUGUUAUCUCAAUUUACUCAUUAUUUUCAUUGAAUUCUACAUUCUGUUUCCAAAAAAUGGAGACAAAAUUGACGGGUAAUCCUUUCUUUUCCGCUAACGUGUUACGUAUAUAGGAUAUCCAAGCCAUCGAAAAGGUCAUAUAUGCCAUGAUAAUCAACUAUUGUGAAAAUCAAGCCAAUCCAUCCAUCCAUCAAGCAGGAAACAAUGUUGAAUUAAAUGGACGGCCAAUGCCAUGAUUCAAUAUUUGUCAAUGGUGUGUCCACUCAAUGAAUUGAUCAGACUGAAUUCGCAUUAGUUGAUCAUCCUAGGGUGGACCAUCAAUUCCAUGGCUCAGAUAUUCUACAUAUUUGAUACAUUAGUGGGAAAGAAAGGGGUGUAUGGGAAAGUUCACAUACAUGAACUGUAUGUGACCAUUUGUCAUUGUAACUUGGGAAGUGGCAAGGAUGAUUAAUUUAGAUGGUGAUUAUUAUACUUUUAAUUUUUUAAAAUUAAUGAUUAUUGAUAAUUGUGAC